AUGAACGACUCGACCGUACAAUGGAAAUUCUCCCAAGUCAAGGGCAACGUCGACGGCGACGAUGCGCAUACUGAAGGUUUUAAAGCCGACGUCAUAUCCUGUGUCGAAUUUUCGCAUGACGGCGAGUACCUGGCCACCGGAGACAAGGGCGGGCGAGUCGUCAUCUUUCAACGGGAUCAAAGUGGGAAAUACGUGAACGGCCGUCGCUCACGAGAAUACAACGUCUACUCCACAUUCCAAUCGCACGAGCCAGAGUUUGACUACCUGAAAUCGUUGGAGAUUGAAGAAAAGAUUAACCAGAUUAAAUGGCUAAAGAAGAAGAAUGCAGCAAACUUCAUCCUGUCGACGAAUGAUAAAACCGUCAAGCUAUGGAAAAUCUCGGAGCGCGAGAAGAAGUUGUCAGAAGAGUCGUGGAACGUGCCGCGACGGUUUGUAACGUCUUCCUCUCCUCCCAGGGGCCCCAACCCGAGCCAAUUCGGCGGUACCCUCAAGAUACCCCAGAUCGUGCCGAUGGAGCUGAUCGUUGAGGCGAGUCCACGCCGAGUGUAUGGAAACGCGCACACCUACCACAUCAACAGCAUAUCGGUGAAUUCUGAUGAGGAAACCUUCUUGUCGGCCGACGAUCUGCGCGUCAACCUUUGGCACCUGGAGAUCACGAAUGAAUCAUUCAACAUUGUCGACAUCAAGCCGGCCAACAUGGAGGAGCUCACCGAGGUGAUCACCGCCGCCGAAUUCCACCCGACGAAGUGCAAUGAAUUUGUCUACUCAUCGUCGAAGGGUUCCAUUCGGUUGUGCGACAUGCGCGACAAGGCCCUCUGUGAUCAACAUGCAAAGUUAUUCGAAGAGGCCGAGGACCCGCAAGCGCGCUCCUUCUUCUCGGAGAUCAUAGCGAGCGUGUCCGACGUCAAGUUCAGCCACGACGGGCGGUAUCUGCUCACGAGGGACUACUUGACCGUCAAGGUCUGGGAUCUGCACAUGGAAUCGAGCCCGGUGGAGACCUACCCGGUGCACGAGCAUCUUCGCUCCAAACUCUGCCAACUCUACGAAAACGACUCCAUCUUCGACAAGUUCGAGUGCGGCUGGAGUGGAGACGACAAACACGUCAUCACCGGAUCGUACCACAACCUGUUCCGGACGUUCUCCCGCGACGGCGGCGAGGCCAAGAUGUGGGAGGCGAGACCGGGCGACCCGCACACGCCGCUCCGGAAUCGACGGAUCCCUACGAGUGGGUCGACGCGGAAGAAGCGGAUUGGCCUGGCCAACACCGACGACGAGGAGCUGUCCCCGGAGGGCCUCGACUACACGCGCAAGAUUCUGCACGCCACGUGGCACCCGCAAGAGAACAUCGUCGCCCUGGCCGCCACCAACAACCUGUACAUCUUCUCGGAUGUC